AUGCCUGAGAAGGCGGAGCAAGAUGUUUCUGGGGCUAAUAUCGAAAUGGCGGUAGCAGACGAGCCCAAGUUACCUCGAAGCGUCCGAUUCAAAGCUUUGUGCACCUUGAUUGGUGGAUGGUGUGCCUUGUUCGCAACGUUUGGCUAUGCUAAUGCUUUCGGAGUGUACCAAGACUUCUAUCAACGCUCAGCAUUAUCGACGUCAUCCGAUAUUAGCUGGAUAGGCUCACUGCAGCUAUUCUUUCUCGUCGCAAUGGGGCUUCCUGCAGGGCGCCUUUUAGAGCGAGGUUACUUCAAACAGGUCGUUUUCGCGGGCUCGGUACUCUACAUCAUAUCAGCGUUCAUGUUAUCACUUGCGAGCCCGCAUAGCUACUAUCAAGUUAUUUUAUCGCAGGGAGUAGGUAUGGGAAUCGGCGCCGGGCUUAUUUAUAUGCCUGCACUCACCGUCCAAGCACAUCACUGGAAAUCUCACCGCGCGCUGGCAAUGGGAACCGUCAUGACGGGCACAUCCACGGGUUCAAUCGUCUUUUCAAUCUUGCUGAACCGACUGAUGAACGGUCAGGUUGGAUUUGCGUGGGGUGUGCGCACUUCCGCCUUCAUCAUACUCGGGAUGCUACUUGCUGCAAAUACCUUGAUGAGUUCCGGGCCUGCUCAUCCGCGCGACUUUGACGAUAAGGUGGCUUUGGGAGAGGUUAUUUGCGAUCGACCAUUCAUUCUGGGAAUCACGGGCCUUCUUCUAGGUCUGAUGGGAGUAUACUUCCCAUAUUUCUAUCUACAAGCUACUGAAAUCUUGCAUGGUGUUAGCAAAGACCUGGCAUUCUAUACGAUCGCUAUCUUAAAUGGUGUAUCCAUCCCAGGACGUAUCAUCUCCGGCAUAUUAGCUGACCGGUUUGGGGUGCUCAACGUUAUAACACCCUCGUGUCUCUUAGGCGGCGCACUGACAUUGAUUAUGCUGAAUGUGAAGACCGCGGAGACGGCUAUCAUCGUUUCCGUUCUAUUUGGGCUAUCAUCUGGAGCAUUCUUUGCUCUAUUGGGACCCGUUCCGGCCACUCUGUCACGGCGUCCAUCGGAGCUAGGACUCCGGAUGGCUCUCACAUUUGGAUACACUUCCUUCGGGACCCUGGCAGGCACACCUAUCGAUGGUGCUCUGGUUGCCGGAAACAAAUGGUUCAGACCGGCCUUAUUCUCUGCACACUGGAUUCUCGAUCAAGCAAGGCUAUGGCAGGCAUUCGUUGUUCACCAGCCCGACAAAGAUGGUCCGGAUCUCUUUUACGCAUUGCUGCGGGAUCCUAGAAAUGUAGUUCGGAUUGUUUUCUUUGUUUCGGAAAUGAUUGUAUUGGAUUCUUUGCUCCUUUACCGUCUAUAUGUCAUUUGGAACAACAACUGGAUGGUUAUUGUUCUCCCUGCGCUCACUGAGAUUGGUACCGUUGUUACGGGUGUUGCAUUGUGUGUUGGCUUCGCGCGUGCACCCCCGUACGUUGAUCUCUGGGACCUGACACUUGCAAACCUCGUCAACGCCGCCACAAUGAUCACGCUUCUUUCUCGUCAUACCGUUCACUUUACCAUCCUUGCAAUCGCAUCACCAACGACGGGUAUCUCUUUCAGUCUCAUCACCCUCCGUGUGGGGCUGGGGAAAGCGUUCAGCCGCUUCACAGGUGGUAACUCAGCCGGGGAUCCUGACAGCAUCCAGAAGAACUCGAUUCCUAUGCAUGUGCGCAUCACGCGAGAGCAAGAGUUCACGGUAACGCAGGAUGACGUUUUUGGGCGGAAGAACUCAGUCCAGGAGUCGGUGCUCAAUAUGACGCAGACGGAUCAUGUAAAAGGCACGACAUCGCUUCUCAGAGAGCCUUGA